AUGAAAGAUGCAGACAAAGAUGGAAUGGAUAAUUACUUAUCAGAUUUGGAUAAAAAUGAAAUAAAUCAGAAAGAAAUGGAAAAUGAGAUUUGUAAAAAUAAAAAUGUGUCAAAUAUAAGAGGAAAUCGAAUUACAAAUAUAUUAAAAGGGAAUACAAUAAAUGUUUAUAAAACUAGAUAUGUAGAAAAUAGUUUUAACGAGAAUGAACAAACAACAAGGAUAUCGAUAAAAGAUUUAUAUCAGAAUUUUAAUAAAACUAGAAAUUUACUAAUUGAAAAUGAAGAAACGUCAAAAACGUAUAAACAUAAUAUAAAUGCAAAUAUACCAACUAAUGAAAUAUUUUUAAAAGAUAUGAAUUUUAAUUAUGCAUCAAAUAAAACACAAAAUAAUAUAAAUCCUGAUCAUUUUUGUGAAAAAAAUAAUCAUAAAUAUAACUACCCGAUUUUAAAUUCAGAAAAUAAACUAUAUCAAUCUGAUAAUAAGAUUAAAAAAGGAAACAAAAAUAAUGAUUAUAUCCAAAAUAAAAGUAACAAUAUCAAGCUUGGUAAAACAAAUCAAAAAACAACCAUAAUGGAUUAUUUCCAAUCAAAUAAUAGAUACAAAAGUACUAGUGAAUGUAAAGUUAAAUUGGAAAAUAAAUCAGCGCAAAAUAAGAACCAAUCCAGUAUGCAAUUUCAACAAUGUAAAGAGGUAAAGAAAAAUGAUAUAGACAUGUAUGAUAAUGAAAUAAAUAUAUAUAAUAUGAACGGAGGUAUAGAGAAUGGAAAUAGUUAUGUUCAUAAUGAAUUAAUGUUUUAUGCAAAAAAUGAUGAAAAUUUUGAAAAUGGUGAAUCCAUACAAAAAAAGCAAUUAAAUAAAGAUUGCUCAUUUUAUAAAAAUACAAAUAAAAAAAAAUAUAAUAUAAUAGAUGAAAGGAAUGAAAAUAUAGAAUAUAAUAGUAAUAGUCUUAAAAAUAUGAAUAUCGAAAAUAUAAAACAAAUAUUAAGAUCAAAUGACCCAAAUACAUUAAAAAUAUUAUUAUGUACAGAUAAUCAUUUAGGAUAUAAAGAAAAUAACCCAAUACAAAAAAAAGAUACUUUUAACACAUUUGAAGAAAUUUUAUUUAUUGCAAAAAAAUUAAAUGUUGAUAUGAUUUUAAAUAGUGGUGAUUUAUUUCACAAAAAUAAAGUUUCAGAAUAUACACUUUUUAAGACUAUGUCUAUAAUAAGAAAAUAUUGCCAUGUAAAUAAUAAAAAAGAUGAUGAAAAAAAUCAAAAUAAAUUAAAAGAUGAAAACAACUGUUUUAAUAUAAACCAAUUUUCUUUAUAUCAACAAAAGUCAGAUAUUUCUGUAUCUUCAGAUUCACAGAUGCAUACAUCUGAAUAUACAACUUUUCUUAACGAAGUAACAAAUUAUCGUUACGAUUUUUAUGAUGGAAAUGAAAAUAUUCCUAAUACAUUUUUUGAAACUGGGGAAAAAGACAAGCCAAAAAGAUGCAGGAAAAAUGAGAUAAACGAAAUGAAAGAAAUAGAAGGAUUCCAAUCAAGUUUGGAUGGAAAUUAUGAUGAAAUUCGAAAAAAUGUACAAUAUAAAAUGGAUAAUGAAAUAAUAAAUAAAUCAGAUAAAGAAGAAUAUAACACAGAAAUGAAAAUUCUUCCAGUAAAUGAAAAGUUUGAAAAAUCAAUCCCAUUUUAUACAAUACAUGGAAAUCAUGAUUACCCAUAUAGUUAUGAUUAUAUAUGUCCUUUAGAUAUCUUAAAUAUUUCAAACUUAAUAAAUUAUAUUGGUAAAAAUAAUAUGGAAAAAUUAGUAAUAAAGCCAAUACUACUUAAUAAAAAAGGAACACAUAUAUCUAUAUAUGCAAUUGGAUGGAUAAAAGAUGAAAGGUUAUAUAAUUAUUUUGAAAAUAAAAAUAUAAAAUUUAUAAUACCAGAGGAUUAUAAAAAUCGAAUAAAUAUAUUAGUUUUACAUCAAAAUAGAUAUAUGAGAAAUACAAAUUCUAAUAAUUCUAAAAAUUUUAUAAAAGAAUCAUUUAUUCCUAGUUUUAUAGAUCUAGUUAUAUGGGGUCACGAGCAUAAUUCAAAACCUCAAUUAGAAGAAAGUUUAUUUCACACUUUUUAUAAUUUACAAUUAGGGUCAUCAGUUCGAACUUCUUUAUGUGUUAAUGAAUAUGGUGAUAAGUAUAUAGGUUUGUUAGAAAUUAAAAAUGAAAGAUUUCGAUUUUUGAAAAUAAACUUAGAAACAGUUAGGCCAUUUGAAUUAAAAGAAAUAAAAUUAUCAAAUUAUGAUUUAAAUUUUAAUGAUGAAUAUGUUCUUAAACAAUUUCUGCAUGAUCAAACAAAUUCAAUAUUAGACAAAAUUCGAAAACAACUCUUAAAUCAAAUUAAAAAUUAUUAUCUUUUUAAAAAAAUUUUUUUUCCAUCUUUAUUUGAAAAAGAAAAAAAUGAUAGAAUUAAUUGUGGAAUCACAGAUUUAGAGGAAGGUAAUAUUAUUUCUAGCAUAACUGAUAAAUGUGUAAAUGAUUUUUUUUCAAAAUUACAAAAUGACGAUUUUUAUACUAGUAGUUUUAUUCAUUUAGCUUUUUUUUCAGAAAAAUAUGAUACAUUUAAUUUGCUAAAAAUAAAAAAAAAUGUUUAUAAUAAGCCUCUUAUAAAAAUAAAGAUAGAAUAUAAUGAAAUAAAUAUAAUAAAUACUCAAUUAUUUGGUUCCGAAUUUAUUGAUAAAAUAACAAAUGCAUCAGAAUUCCUAUCUUUUUAUAAAAAAAAAACUAAAUUAAAAGAUUUACAAAGUGACAAAACAGAUUCAAAUGGUAAAAAAAUAGAUGCAGAAGAUAAAGAAAACAUGAACAUGGAAUAUAUUAAUGAAUAUAAUAAAGUAUUUGAUAUAUUGUUUGAUUAUUGUGAUAUUAAAAAUGAUUUAUUAAUUUUAAAUCAAAAAAUAAUAAUGGAUACAAUACAAAAUGUAAUAAUAAAUACAAAUCCAUCAUUUGGUUCUGAUGGAAAUGUUAAUUCAAAUUAUAAUUCUUUAGAAAUUAUGGCAGAAAAAAUGUCUGAAGAAAAAAUUAAAAAGAUAAUGAAUGAAUUGAAGGAUAUCCCAGUUGAUCAUAUCACUACUGAUUAUAUAGAAACUGUUGGAAAAUCUAUAAAUUCGACAAUUUCAGAAAUGAAUAAAUGA